UACAAAAUAAACUCCUCAAGCAAAUUUGCAAACUUUUCUCUUCACUUUCACUUUCACUUUCGAACAAUAUUCCUUCAUUAUUAUUACAACAACAUCUUAAUUAAUAAUUCAUCAAAUUGCGGUAUGCAUCAGAGAGACAAUUAUGGAAACAAUAAGCCAACUUUCACACAGAUCGUGGCGGUGUCUUCGAUCGGACUAAUGAUAGCGGCGGCGGUCCAUUACCGUCUCCGAAAGCUCAAGGCUGAGAAGAUGGUUCCCCGUCGUAAAGCUUCCCAAAAUGGCCGCCUUGAUAAGCUAGAGAGGUUCUCUCAUUAUGUAGCUAGGCAAAUGGGGUUUAAAGAUAGAAGAGAAUGUCCACGUCUAUGCAAGUUAGCUUCUGAAUACGUUAGGAAAUCCGAAGGUUUUGAGGAUGAUAUUUACACUUUCUUUGCCAGUGAACCAGAUGCCGAUUCCCUUUUUGUCAAGCUUGUCGAAGAGUUUGAGAGAUGUAUUCUUAGUUAUUUUUCCUUUCAUUGGAACCAAGCUGAUCUUAUGAUUACCCAGGUCUUGAGUCUUGAUGGAGAGCCCAAAAAGAAGUUCAAGGACAUUGUCUUGCAGGCCACGAGGCAACAGAGGUUUGAGAGAGUGACAAAGAAUCUGAAGGUGGCUAGAAUUUUCACUACCUUAUUGGAGGAGUUGAAAGCAAUGGGGCUUGCAUCCAAUGAUGACUCUCGGUGCACGGAAGUGAUGGCGCCGGUGGCUCAUGCUGACCGGAGUCCGGUCCUCCUCUUCAUGGGAGGUGGGAUGGGGGCAGGGAAGAGCACUGUUCUAAAAGAGAUUCUCAAAGAACCAUUCUGGGCAGGAGCUGCAGGGAAUGCAGUAAUCAUUGAGGCAGAUGCUUUCAAAGAAUCAGAUGUUAUCUACAAAGCCCUUAGCUCCAGAGGGCAUCAUGAUAUGCUUCAAACCGCUGAGCUGGUACACCAGUCAUCAACAGAUGCAGCCUCAUCACUGCUGGUGACAGCACUGAAUGAAGGGCGAGAUGUGAUCAUGGAUGGCACACUCUCCUGGGAACCAUUUGUUGUGCAGACCAUAACAAUGGCUAGAAACGUACACCGCCGCCGCUACAGGAUGGGACCCGGUUACACGGUUUCUGAAGAUGGGAGUGUUAAGGAGGUCUACUGGGAAAGGAUUGAAGAUGAAGAGCCUGAGAAAAUUGAAGGCAAGAAGAGAAAGCCAUACAGGAUAGAGCUAGUUGGAGUUGUGUGUGAUGCUUACCUAGCUGUUGUUAGAGGCAUAAGGAGAGCCAUCAUAUGUAGAAGAGCUGUUCGAGUUAUGUCACAGUUGAAAUCCCACAAGAGGUUUGCAAAUGCUUUUCUAACAUAUUGCCAACUGGUUGACAAUGCAAGGCUAUAUUGCACUAAUGCUUUGGAGGGUCCACCCAAGAUGAUAGGAUGGAAAGACAGAGACAAGACACUACUGGUUGAUCCAGAUGAGAUUGAUUGUUUGAAGAGAGUAGGGAGAUUGAAUUCUGAAGCCAACUCAAUCUACGAACUCUACAAGCACCCCAACCCAGCCUGCGAGGCCGGCUCGGUGUGGAAGGACAUUGUACUAUCACCUUCAAGGCUGAAUGUUCAACAGGAGCUCAAGUAUGCCAUCCAGAAAGUUGAAAGAUCCAAGUGAACUCCAUAUAAAUUAAUCUAUUUGUUUUUUAUUAGUGUCCUAUGUUGUUAUGUUGUACUAAAACGAAAAGGCCCAUGUAAAAUUUUAAAGCUGUGACAAAUUACUCAGAGCAAUUGUUGUUUUCGAUGUUCAAAAGCAUUAAGAUAAAGAAAAAAGCCAUGUGCUAGCUUUGGGGUAUACCAAGAACAA